AUGGAUCCUUUAUUUAAUUCAACCGAUGUGCCAAAUUGGACCACCAGCCCCAAUGACACCAAUAACGGGACUUUUUACCAGAACCAGUUCGUACAGCCAGUCUGGAGAAUCGUGCUCUGGGCCAUUGCCUACAGUUGUAUAGUCAUUGUGUCCGUUGUAGGGAAUGUUACAGUGAUCUGGAUUAUCAUGGCGCAUAAACGCAUGAGGACCGUCACCAACUAUUUUCUGCUGAACCUGGCGUUUGCCGAAGCCUCCAUGUCCGCCUUCAACACGGUCAUCAACUUCACCUACGCCGUGCACAACGAGUGGUACUUCGGACUGGUCUACUGCCGCUUCCACAACUUCUUCCCCAUCGCGGCUGUGUUUGCCAGCAUCUACUCAAUGACUGCCAUCGCUGUGGACAGGUACAUGGCCAUCAUCCACCCCCUGCAGCAGCGCAUGUCAUCCACAGAGACCAAAGUGGUGGUGGGUGUGAUCUGGAUGCUGGCUCUGCUCCUGGCCUUCCCCCAGUACUACUACUCCAACAUGGACCAGCUCCCCGGUCGGGUGGUGUGCUUCAUCGACUGGCCCGAAUACGUUGUGUGCGACUUCAAAAAGAUGUACUACGUGUGUGUGACCAUCCUCAUCUAUUUCCUUCCUCUGCUGGUGAUGGGUUGUGCUUAUCUGGUGGUGGGACUGACCCUCUGGGCCAGCGAGAUCCCUGGUGACUCUUCUGAUCGCUACAAGGAGCAGCUGACCGCCAAACGAAAGGUUGUGAAGAUGAUGAUCGUGGUGGUGUGUACGUUUGCCAUCUGCUGGCUGCCCUACCAUGUUUACUUCCUGCUGCACCAGUUCUUCCCUUAUAUGUUUGAGGAGAGGUUCAUCCAGCAGGUCUACCUGGCCAUCAUGUGGCUCGCCAUGAGCUCCACCAUGUACAACCCCAUUAUCUACUGUUGCCUCAACGACAGGUUUCGUGCUGGUUUCAAACAAGCCUUCCGCUGUUGCCCCUGUGUCCCUCAAGGCUCGUACGAAGGCCUUGAACUCAAGUCCACUCGCUACCUGCAGACCCAGACCAGCGUUUACAAGACCAGUCGGAUGGAAAGCACAGUGUCUACUAUUCUUCAGGUCGGGGACGACAUGGAGCAGCCCAAGGUCAAGGCAAUGGCAGGUCCAGGGCCCUGUGGAGCUCCGGUCGGGGCCAGGCCACAUAGCUCCUCCCUGGACCUGACCUCCAAUGGGUCAUCAUCCCGUAGCGUUUCCAAAACGGUGUCAGAGACGUCCAGUUUCUACUCCAGUAACAACCAGCAGGAAUAGACCACAAACACACAGACAGCAGAGCGAGAGUAUGAGUUGACUGUUCACAUUGCCUGCCUGUGUUCAUGCAAAAGUACAGCGUGAAUGUGUGAGCCUGUCUGCAAGUGACUGUGACAGAAUUUUUGAUGACUACAUUUCUAGCGUGUCCAUUGAAAGUCCUGUUAAGUCCAAGAUGCCCUCGUGUAAACUACUCCCACUUCUGGCAGUUGAUGAUCAACCGGCAUACGAGAGGUUUGCUCUGUGCCACAAUGUGACAAUGUUCAUUUCAACGACUUGUGCACAUUCCAAUUCAAAUGCUGAACCGAAGCAGACGCCUCCAAGUGUCAAAGCUUCUGGUUGUCACCAGCCUUCUCCCGGAGCAGGGAGAAGGUUCACACAUCCGCACUCACACAAGCUGUGUGACUUCACACUGUCUAUUUUAGAGAGGAGCUGUAUCCGCAGAACAGCAUGCUCUGAACACAGCAGCCUCCCGUUUUAUAAAGGGGUGUUCUCUUGGAGGAGACAGGAAGUUUACAGGAAGUUCUUUUCACCUGUAGCAGGGAAAUCGUGUGUUUGCUUGUGUGUGUGUGCGUGUGUGAGAGAGAGAGAGAGAGAGAGAUGAUUAGAAUGUCAACUUCAUCUCCCCGAGCAGGAGUUCCUCAACGUCAGUGCACUCCUUCAGCUGUCUGGCUGAAGGAUCACCUGCCGACAUUGCUGAAAUGUUCAGGAAAUCACCUGCGGCAUCUGGCUCAGCUUCCAUCUGAGCUUGGAGCAUCAUCUUUGAAAGUGGUGGUGGUGCUUCAGAUUCUGAAGACGCCAACAGUGAGCCUCAAGUGAACGCAAGCAUUUCACCAGAAGAUAAAGUGACCAGUGAGUCCAACACUGUCCUCCGUGACUCCACUAAACCCAGACAGCUCUAGCAGGUAGCUGUCAGAUUGAUCGGCAAAGCACAGCAGAUGAAAUGUCUCAGUUUCCUUAAGAAUCAAUUCACUUUCACAGUAAUAACUGUCCCAACAGCUGCCUGUCAGUCUAACCUCUAUCAGCUUUUCUUGGCCGUGUCCUGAAUUCAAUUACCUGCUGCUCUCUUUAUAUAGCUGCUCUGUCCUUCCACCUGGCACUAACAUGCCUGUGCAGUGAAUCAACUGGAUUACAUUUACACCUCACAUCCAUGUGUCUUUGGUUUGUGUGCAUCAAUUCACUGUUGGGUUUAAGUCACUGCGGACCUGCACUCUGUGGUUCUGUAGGUGACUAAAUCUAUACCCCGUUUAUAUAAGCUGUUUUCAGACUCACAACAACGCAGCAGGAGUUUCUCCGUUCAGACUGCGGAGAUCACAUGUUUUUGUGUACAGCACAUCGACCCAGGCCCUUAUCACCAAAAGCUCUUUAAAAAUCUUUGUCAGUGUCUUCUACGUGUAUAGCACUGAGAUAUUUGAAUCACUUUUGGAAUGUUUUCUUUCCUGUUUUGCGUCUGUCUCGUGUGAAAACAUGUAAUCUAUGCGCCUACUCUAUCGCAGUUAAUAAUCUGGAGGAUCUUCUGCUGUGUUCUCUCAUGGCCUCACUUGAACAUUAUCUGGAAUUCUUAUUAGCUAGCUAGAGAAAGUCAGGAGCCUCACUCCGACAUUUGCGUUCUCAUAUACAGCCCCAGAGAAUGUCAGGAGAUUCCUCAGUGUUCAUAGCAUGUCUGAAAGCAAAUAUACUCGCAUUAUAUAUUUUUUGUUUUCCUAAAUGUCAUCCCGCUACGCAAGACGCAUGUUAGUUUUAGGUUUGAUGGGCCGACUGUUAGAGUGUAGCUCUCUAAUGUGUAAUGAUGUGCCUUGCGGAUGAGCAUGAUGUCUGUAAAAGGGCAAAGGGAGCAUGGGAGCAGCUCACUCUGCUGGGGUCCAGGAAAAGGAUGAUUAGAAAACAUGGGCUAUGGAAGCUCACUGUGACAAAUAGUCUUUACCCUCCUACAGAGGUAAACACACUCACACACACGCAGGAACAUAUUACCACAAAUCUUGGCAGGGGAUUUGAAUGCAAGCCUGUGUCACAUUCUUCGUCAAACUGACUAAAUACUGUGGCAAAUAGUUUCAACAAACUUUAUACAUUCUAUCAUAUCAGCCAAACUUCCUUCACAAUAUUCAAGAUAGUCACUUGCAACUUGUUUCAAAAUUAUUUUUAUAAUUCAUAAGGGAAGUUGAAGCCAGAAUAUUUUACUACAAAUAUCCUGCAGUGAGAUUAAUAACUAAAUCCACAAGAUUUGCAUAUUUGCUGUGACAUAAACACACAGGCGUAUCUGCUCUAAACAGUGAGGCAGUAUCAGACAAGGACACAAGACGAUGUGAGUAAGUACGUCUCAGAGUUUUUGCAUAGGAAAUGAAGUCAGUGGUCUCACAUUAUUAUCAGGAUUAAUAUGUGAGACUCGCGCGCCAUAUUUCGAGGUUGAUAUUCUUUGCACCACACAUGCACUCACAUAUGUAGCAUGAUCACCUGUUGACACCAAUCAUUACACACACAGCGCAACAUUCAUCCGCCUGACGCCGGGUCUAUUCUCAGCACACAAAGCCUGUUGUUAUAAAUUCCACAGUCAGCUGACAUGAAACUGAGGAGCAGAGGUGAGGCAACUUGACUUUAUUGGAAUUACAAUGACACUCAGUAUUAUAUCACUUUAUUCAGCACGUACAAGGCUCACCAUAACAUUGUCUGGGUGACAUGGAAACAUAAUCAACAACACUAAGGGAACGUGAGGUCAAUUUCAGUGCAGACAGAAAAUGAAGGGCACAGAAAAAACAUUAGACUGCAUAUAUAAAAUAUGGACUCGUCAUCUCUUUCAAUGACAUUCUAAUAUUUCAUCAAGGCUUGAAUAGAGAAAUAAUACAGCCCACUGAGCUUUUGGAAAAUUGAUGUCCUGGCCAAGUCAUCAAUUCAGAAAUGACUCAGAUGCUGAAAUUGCACUACUGGACUUCAUGAUCAUAAAUCUCUGGCUUUGAUGCAGCAAGCUAACACAUGGUCGUACACCAGAUUUAGUGAUUGCUCAUUGGACCCUCCAUUCAAAACUAAUUUAAUUUGGAAAAGAGGAUGUUUUACCCCAAACUGUCUAAUUAUUUAUUUACAAAUGCACAUUAGGUUGGACAGUGGUUAUGUUCUGAAGCUUCGUUUAUUUGAGUACAUAUCCAGGUUUCCUUUGAGAAUAAGAACACGAAGUUGAGGAAUACAGUAAGAGCAGGCCCUAUAAAAGGAAAAUUCAGAUUAUCCUGCCCACAUUGUUUAAUUUGCAAAUAAAUCCAAGCACCCAAAGGUGUGUUGUUCUUUAAAUGAGGUGUGAUCUAGUGAAAUGUUGGUGCAUUUCCAUCAUGAGGAACUUUUCAGCCGUUUAUUUGAGCAUUCAGUCACAGAAAUAAUUACUGCCACGUAGGCAGAUGCACAACUGGUGUAGACUUUGCUUGUUACACACAGUGACUCUGCACUUUGACUUAGCCCAUAAUAGUUCAGUUUCCUCUGCAGAGACGCGUUCACUCUUACAACCCUGAAACACACCCACCUCAUUUUCAGUAAGACGAGAUAAGGUGCCUUUUUUGGGGGGUGGGAAAGAUGCAGUCUAUAAUCCAUUAUUUAAUUAAAUUAUUAAAGUCAAUUUCUGCCAAUGUGAUGAAAAAAAGAUCCUGUAACGUUUUGCAGGAAUCACUUUAAAAAACCUCUGGGGUCAGCUUAGUUUAAUUUUAUUCUUUUGAGAAAUGUUCUCAUUACUUUAAGAAAUUAAGUAGUUAUUUUGAGAUGUCUGUUUGAUUUAUUUAAAGAGCUUUUUCAGAGGAUCUUUUUAGUUUGUCAUCACCAUUCAUCAAUCCAUCUAUUGUUUUGCAUUUAUUUAGCUUUGUAACUACGCUUUCCAGCUCCUCCUGGUAGAUUCUGAGGCUUUCCCAGGUCUGAUGGGAUAUGUAGAACCUCCAGUGAGUUCUGGGUCUACCCCCAGGUCUCCUCCUGAUUGGACGUGCCCAUGACCUCCAACGGAGGCAUCCUAACUAGAUGCCCUACCUGAACUGUCCUCUUUCUACAUGAAGGAGCAGAAGUUCUACUCCGAGCUCCCACUUGAUGUUUGAACUCCUCACUCUAUCUCUAUAUAGCUGUGCGCGACCAUUCAACAGUGAAAAGUGAUUUUGGCCGCUUGUUUUCAUGACCUCGUUCUUUCAGUCAUGACCCUGAGCUUGUGAGCGUAGGUGAGGGCUGGAAUGCCGAUCAACCGGUAAAUCAAAAGCUUUGCCUUGUAACUCAGCCCCUUCUGCACCACAAUGGUCUGAGACAACGCCUAUGUUCCUGCUCACGGCCACUGUCCAUAUCAUGCUCCAUCUACCCCUCCCUCCUGAACAAGACUCCGAGAUACUUAAACUCCUUCACUUGGAGCAGCACCUCACCUCCAAACUGGAAAGAGCAAUCCUUUUCCUGCAGAGAACCAUGGCCCCGGACUUGGUGCUGACUCUCAUCCCAACCACUUGCAAAACUGGCUUCAAACCUCCCUAGUGCGAAAAAGAGGUCACGUGCUGAUGUAGCCAACAGAACCACAUCUGUGUCGUUUUCACCACAUUGGCAGGAGUUGUGAUUUAUGGAUUCACAGCACUGUGUGUGUAUGUGCAUGUGUGCGUGCGUGCGUGCAUCCGUUUGUGUGUGUGUUUGCAACAACAUUCUAACAAUGGGUUUGGUGUAAAAGUAAAGCAAUUGUUAUGGACAUGAUUUCCCUACACUUCUCAAAGGGGAAUAAGUCUUGAUAUUAUGAGCAAAGUAAAUUAUAAUGUAGCAUCAGCUGUCUGAACCAGAGAGGAAGUAGAGGAGUAGCGCACAAUGAGUUCAGUUAUUUCGUUUUUCAUUUGACUGCUGUACACUCAUGGUAACCAACAAGGCAGGAAUCAUCCACAAGUAUAUUCCCGCAUCCGCCCAUCACUUGGAGGGGUCAAGUGCAGCAGGUGAACGAGAGGCUGGGGGGGUUUAAUGAAUGUCUAAUCAACUUUGUUCAACGAGUGCUCCUUAAAUGAACGUUCUGCAGGCGCUCACUCUCGCUGCCUCUCAAACACACACACACACACACUCACGUAGCCGUCACUGAUGAGAGCUGUAGCGAUGGAGACAAAAGAUGCCAGCUUGUUGCUGAGAAGAGGCGCCAGGCAGGCUGCACAGUGGGAUGAAUAGUCUCAUCAGCACCAUCUCUUCCUGCGUUUCUAUCCUUCCCUCGCUCUCCAAUCAUGCUAAUUACAGCAAAGAAGAGGAGAGGGCAACCAGGCAAGCACAUGCAGAAACGCCUCGCACAAACAAGGACAUGCACACACAAACAUGUGCUUGCAGGACUCACCAUUAACUGGGGUGAAGAUAUAAAGGUUUGUCACAUCAGUGACACUGGUGCAUGCUCAAGUCAAUUAGUUUUGAGAGUGCCACCCACAACAUAGUGAUUCAACGUCCUUACAUCUGAGUGUCACUGAGAGAGCACUUCAUUCAUUAAAAUGUGUUAUUCACACAUAUACAGUAGAUGGCGCUUCAUCCAGAGUAAACACAUCAUGUGAGCCACUUUAUAAGAAUUGUUUUCAGUGUUAACUCGACUGCAGUUAAAAAAAACAGCCUCUGCAACAAUGUCAAAAUGUGCAAUCGCUGCAGCCUGGCUCAGUGUCGUGUUGUGAGAAUAGUCGACCUACCGUACUCUGUUUUCCUCAUCUUGUACAAAAUGCCCAUCUUUCCCUAGUGUGAACCUUAACUUGAAUGUGACACUCUGAGCUGAAAAGAAAACUAACCUUUAACGGUGAUAUCAAUAUAUCUGUAUCUGUGUCGUGUUGUGAAAUUACUUUCCCAUGAAAAGAUGUACAGUAUCACACCAGGUGGAACUUAUGACUGUGUGUGAAAGUGACUGGACUCUGAGGGAAGAUGCAGACUCUGUGCCAUGAAAAGACAUUUUACAGUACCAGUGCCUGUUACUAUACAAAUGGUUACAUACCUCUCUCUGUGUCUGGAAACAAAAUACCAUUGCUUUAUCUGCCGCUUGGCUGAGGAUGAGCCGCUUGUUAUUAGUUUAGUCACGUCCACUGUUUUAUGCUUCUCCUUUAGCCUUGCACUGUGGUCUGCCUUACCACAGCUUUAUUUAUAUUUUCACACUCAGUGACUCUAUAGUGUUGAGGUAUUUGCUCUAUUUAGUUCUGGAUUGGAUUGUGGUCAAUUAGAUAUAAAAUUUUAAGUUCAAGGAUGAGGUAGGUGAUGUACUAUAUGUUUCUUAUCAUCAACAAAUCCAUAGACAAAAAUUACCUUUUAUUCAAUUUAAUUAAUUCAGGUAGCCAUGUUGUUUUGUCAUUGUUUGGAAAUGUUAUUUUGGUUUGACUGGAUCAUUCAGUACCAUGUUGUGUAUUUGCUCCAUCAUAGUUUUUUCAGCUAUUGAUAUGAUCAGCAAACUCAAAUAUUUUUCACAACAAUCAAAAACCAAACAAAAUGUCAAAUUGUCAUCUCUGUAGGUGCACAGCUGGUUUUUUAAUAAUGUGGUAAUGAGAUAAUCUUCCCAUAUUUAAUCCUGCCUGCUUAUCUCUGAUUGGUCAACAGCAGAAACAGCCAAUUAUAGACACAGCAUUUCAUACAUAAAUGAAUCUCAUGAACAAAAACACACAAACUAUCGAAACAUCACAACUAUCAACACACACACACGUACACAUACACACACACACACACACACACACGUACACACUGUCGCGUCUCCAUGACUUCACAAGACAUUACAAUGACUUCCUUGAGACUAACCUUAACCAUAGUAACUACUCGCCUUACCUUUACCCUAACCUAAACCUAACUUAACCUACACUAAUCUCCACCUAACCUUAACCUAACGUAACCUAAAAACAUGUUUUCAUGUUUACAUUUAAUGAUUUACGUAAUGGGGACUUGCUUAGUAUCCCCAUAAGCAACAUGAGUAAUAGUUAGACCACACACACACAGUAGACUGUCCAUCAAAUACACUUUUUGAAAAACAAUAGCCCUGCUCUUUUAGAAAAUAUGCCUCUCUUCAGAAAAUAGUUAUAGUUUAAAGAUUAUGUAAAUCAGAAAGUAUUGGAAGAAUUUAUGAGUGAUUCUUUUUUGGGAUUUGUUGACAAUGACAUAUAUAUACACAACCUUAUCCUUGAAAGUGCUGACUCAUGGCUUUGAAUCAAUUCGAUUACUUCACAGUUAUGUCCACACAGCACAACUGUCUAGCUUGUAUUCCUUUGAAUACAUAUUUACGUAGCUACAACUUCUACUGUUACCCCAAUAUUGAUUACUCACUCAAAUACCCUCAAAGCUGAGAGUCAGUCCUUCAGCCCAGUCAGUGUUUCAUUUGAAGUCCAGUGUGCUGGAAUAUAGAGCUAAGAGAAGAAAUGCAUAUGUGAUCAUAUAUGUGAUAUUGUAUGGGUAAUUUUCUGACAUGGCACUAUAUUGUAUUGGUGUUAUGCGUGCUUCUAUCACGUCUGCUUAUCACUGAAGGGGAAUUACGCUGUAAUGGCAUUUUAAAUAUCUGUUUCUCUAAACGUUCUAUCAUGCUUUUGUCAUUUGAAGAAAAAAACCCAACAGUUAAUCUUGUGUAAUUUUUCUCUGUGUUUUCUGCUCUGAGGUGACUGUGUAUCUGUUACUGCCUCCAUUUGUGGAGUCACAUUUAAUGUACAGUGAGUGUU